ACACCUCCACACACAUACAUACACAAAGAGGAGAGGAAGAGCAAGUUUUUCUCCCAACACUCAGCCAUGAGUAGCAUCGGAUAUGACCCUUACUACUCCACCUCGUCAUACAGACGCUAUUUUGCCGAGCCUCCUCCACGUGUGGUGGUGACCAGAGGGAGGACCCACUCUGGCUUCUCUUCUCAUGCAUCCCCACUGUCCUCUUCCCGUCUGCAGUAUUCCUCUCCUGGUCGUGUGCUCUUCUCUUCUUCCUCACCAGCCUCUUCCUUGGAGCUGGAACUCAGCCAAGCGGCCCAGAUCAGCUCCGAAUUCCGAGCUGUACGCACACAAGAGCGCAGCCAGCUGCAGGACCUUAAUGACCGUUUUGCCGGUUUCAUUGAGAGAGUGCGUGAGCUGGAGCAGCAGAACCGUGCCUUGGAGGCGGAACUGCUGCUGCUGAGGCAAAGGCACACUGAGCCAUCCCACCUGAGAGCACUGUAUGAGCAAGAGGCCCGGUCCCUGAGAGCAGCUGUGGAUGAAGCUAGGGCAGAACAGCAGGCUGUCCUAAGUCAGAGAGAGAGGCUGGAACAAACCCUGAGUGCUCUGCAGGGUCGAUAUGAGCAGGAAGUGUUGGCUCGGGAAGAAGCUGAAGGCAAGCUGAUGGAGGCCCGUCGUGAGGCCGACCAGGCUGCCUUGGCAAAGGCUGAGCUUGAGAAAAGUGUGGAAAUCCUGCUUGAGGAGCUGGCCUUCCUCAAGAGGAUUCAUGAGGGCGAGGUGGUCGAACUUCAGGCCCAAGUCCAGCUGGGUGUGCAGGUGGCUGUGGAAUCGGAGGCUGCCGCUCCGGACCUCUCUGGGGCUCUCAGGGAUAUCCGGUCCCAGUAUGAAAGGCUGGCUGCAAGGAACAUGCAGGCAGCUGAGGAAUGGUUCAGAGGAAAGGUAGGCUCCUUGACUGAAACUGUGGCCCAGCACACUGAUGCCGUGAGAAGCUCCAAGGACGAAGCAGGAGAAUACCGACGCCAGCUACAAGCCCGCAUUCUGGAAAUUGAUGCAUGCAGAGGCCUUAAUGAAUCCCUGGAGAGACAGCUGCGUGAGGUGGAGGAUAAACAGAGUGCCGAGAUAGCUGCUAUGCAGGACACCAUUGCAGAACUGGAGACUGAGCUGAGGGGCACUAAACAGGAAAUGGCACGCUACCUGAAGGAGUACCAGGACCUUCUGAAUGUCAAGAUGGCUCUGGACAUCGAGAUUGCGGCAUACAGGAAGCUCCUGGAAGGGGAGGAGUCUCGCUUCAGUGUAGGCAUGGCUGGGGGAGUGUCCUCGUUGUACGGCCACAGUUUGUCAGCACCCUCCUUCGCUAGGCCUGUCUUCUCAAGCCUGAGCUCUGGCACCUCCUAUCUGGUGACGUCACGCCUCCUCAGCUCCAGUGUAAGCACCACUGAAGGCAUCAUCUCUGCCAGCCAUGCCCAACAAGCAGAGGCCAGUCCACCAGGGGAGGAGGAGGAGGUAGAAGAGGAGGAAAAUGAGGAAGAGGGAGAUAAGGAAGAAGAGGUGGGAGAGGAAACAGAGGAGAAAAAGGAUGAGGAGGAAGAGGAAGGUGAGGAAGAGGGGGAUAAAGAGAAAGAAGAUGAAGCUAAGGAAGUAGAGGAAGAGGCUAAGGAAGAGGAAGAGGGUGGGGAUGAAGAGGAGCAAAAGGACGAUGCAGCAGAGACUGCAGAAGAUGAGGGGGAGAAAGAAGGAAAAGAUGAAGAGGAAGAGACUGAAGCACAAGAGGAUGCAAAGGCAGAAGGAGCUGAUGACAAAGAAGAUGAUACACAAGAUGAAGCACAAGAGCAGGAGGAAGAAGUUAAAAAGAGUGAAGUGAAAGACAGUAAAGCUGAUGCCAAGAAGGAAGACAAAGCCGACGACAAAGACGUGAAAGCUGCGCCGAUAAAAGAUGACAAAGCCGAAGCAAAAAAGGAGAAAGGUGAAGAAAAAGCAGCCCAACCUGAGGCCGCUGAAGACAAGAGCACAAAGGAUAAAAAGUAAUCCAUUCUGGUCAAACUGCCCACGUAAAAACCACAGCUUGAUGACAGGUAGAGGCAACAGCGCUGUCCUCUUAGAUCUGCUUGUUAACAUGGUGCUCAAUAACACAGUCCAACAGCCAUUUACAGCAACAAAUCAAGGUUAAAUGCUUGCCAAUAUUGAGAAUAGCCCAUAAAAGUCUUGCUGCACAAUUGUGAGUGAGUGUAAUAGAGUAUGUGUGCGAGAGU